AUGUCCCCGACUACCCAAGACGACGGUGAGAAACUGCAAGAUCUGGUCGAGCAGCUCUCCGAAGCCGCCAAAGGCUACGAUGCGAGUCCCGGAGCUGCGGGCUACAUCUCGCGGACGAGUGUAUCGCAAGUUGCAAAGGAAAUCGUUCGACUGAUGAUGGCACCGUCCGACAUGUCCAUGCAUCAUGCUGCCAAUAUGCUCGAGAUCGUGGCGGUACGCACCAUGCUGUCACUGGGCGUGUUCGAAAAGAUCCCCCAAACAGGUUCGAUAUCACUGGCAGAUCUCUCGGCCGCCACCAAUGUCCAGGACUCGUUUCUGGAAAGACAACUUCGAAUGCUCGUCGGCACGGGCUUCCUCGACCAGACGCCAGACUACGAGUACGUGCACACCAAAUUCUCCAAAGCCUACAUUCAGGUACCGGGACCUGGCAACUUUUUCCAAUUCAUGAACGACGAAUGUUUAUCUACUCUCGUACAUUUUCACCAAUACAUCAAGGACAGAGGCGAUGUCCCCGUCCACGAACCCGACGAUCCUCUCCGCAACCCCUACACCCACCGGCACGGCCAGGACGGCGUGCCCGUCUGGCAGAUCAUGGCUCAGUACCCCGACCGCCUCAAGGCCUUCCAGCUCGGCUUCAUGUCUCAAGAAGAUUCCGUGCCCGUCAUCGGCUUCUACGACUUUGCCGGUCUCUACGAUGCCGAAAAUGACGGCGACCGGGUCACGCUCGUCGAUCUCGGCGGCGGACAGGGCCAGUCGAUCGCCCAGAUGCUCAAGGCGUUCCCCAGCCUCAAGCCGGACCGCAUGGUGCUCCAGGACCUCCCCGAGCCCAUCGCCCAAGCAGAAGAGUCGGCCGGCACUUCCUCACUGCCCAAAGGGGUCAAGGCCAUGGUCCACGACUUUUGGACCCCCCAGCCCGUCAAAGGCGCCAAGGCGUACUUCUUCCGACGCAUCAUGCACGACUACUCGGACGAGAACUGUUCCAAGAUUCUGUCGCACGUCCGCGACGCCAUGGCCCCCGACUCCAAAGUGCUCAUCGCCGACAUGGUCAUGCCGAAACGUGUCCACGAGGCAGAUUUGCCCGCCGCCGCGAUGGACAAUUGCGUCAUGGUCAUGGGUGGGAAGGAACGUACGGCCGAGGGGUUCGAGAAAAUCCUGGACGACGCCGGUUUGAAAUUGGAAAAGAUCUGGCAGAGCAGGGAAGGCGGUGCGGCUGGAAACAUCGUCGAAGCUAAAUUAAAAUUCUGA